AGGUCUUGUGAUGUUUACGCUGAAGACUGCACUCGGUAACACAGUGUCGCUCGAGACCCCGUGAAGUGAGGAUUUUGUCAUACCACAUCCUAAAUAGGUGUGUCACAAAACAACGCCAAGAGGAAAGGAAAGAGAGGUAGGCGGCAGAAGCACUUAGAGUAGAGUUGCUUAGUUGCUGGACAUGGCUGGGUCGGCUGGCACACCAACAUCACGAGUUGAACUGACAGUAUCUUGUAGGAAUCUACGAGAUACAGAUGUGUUCUCCAAAUCAGAUCCAAUUUGCAUUGUGUUCCACCAGCCAUUUGGGUCAAGGGACUGGGUUGAGCUGAAGCGAACAGAAUGUAUAGACAACACACUCGAUCCGGACUUUGCCACCAAGAUCCCCCUCACAUACCAUUUUGAGGAGCAGCAGCACCUCAAGUUCAGUCUUUUUGACAUUGACUCAGGCUCCACCAACCUUGAGGACCAUGACUUCCUUGGGGAUUUUGAGUGCACCUUAGGCUUCCUAGUGGCCUCACAGAAGGUGGAAAAGCCACUCCGAAAUGAGCAGUAUAGUAGUAGCAACAAUGGCUCUAUUAUCAUUGUGACAGAAGAGGUCAACUCUUGCAAAGAAGAGCUGCAUCUGCAACUGAUGGCAAAAAACCUGGAAAACCGCAGCUGGUUUUGUGCUCUCGACCCUUUCCUGGAGUUCUACAAGGCCAACGAGGAUGGUUCGUACACCUUGGUCCACCGCUCAGAGACAGUCAAGAGCACCAAGCAUCCAACCUGGAAGGAAUUUUCAAUUCCACUGAGCACCCUUUGCAGUGGAGAUUAUGACCGUAACAUCCAAGUUAUCUGCAAGAAUUUCAAAUCGUCAGGCAGCCACAAGCUCAUUGGGAAAUGUUACACUACAGUUCGUAAGCUCAGGGAAGGACCAGUGGAAAGUAACACCUACACACUUAUCCAUGAAGAGAGACAGAGACAGAAGGGAAGCAGCUACAAAGGCUCUGGAACAAUGUAUGUCAACAAAUCAUACAUUCGAGAAGUAUUCUCCUUUAUUGAUUUCCUCAAGGGUGGCAUGGAGAUCAACGCUUUCAUUGGCAUCGACUUCACAGCAUCAAAUGGUAACCCACAGUCGACACAGUCCCUCCACUUCAUCAACCCUUCAAGCCCCAAUCAGUAUGUCAGGGCCAUCCAGUCAGUGGGUGAAAUCAUCGAGGACUAUGACACAGACAAAUAUUUCCCUGUCUUGGGAUUUGGGGCCCGUAUGCCCCCCACAUUUGACCAGGUGUCGCAUGAGUUCUUCGUGAAUGGAGAUGCAUCAAAUCCCUUCUGCUACAGAGUUGGAGGAGUUAUUGAGGCGUACUACGGCUGCCUGAAUCGAGUUCAACUAUACGGACCCACAAAUUUUGCCCCUAUCAUCAACCACGUAGCCAGGUUUGCUUCAGCUAAUAAAGGCGGAGACAAGUACUUCAUUCUUUUAAUACUGACGGAUGGCAUCAUCACGGACAUGCCGCAGACAAAGGAGGCAAUCGUGAAUGCUUCAAACCUUCCCCUGUCCAUCAUCAUUGUGGGUGUGGGGGGUGCCGACUUUGAGGCCAUGGAGGAGCUGGAUGGAGAUGUGGUCCGCCUCUCCAGCAAUGGUCGGUAUGCUGCCCGCGACAUUGUUCAGUUUGUGCCCUUUAGGGACUUCCUCAAAGGGAACUGGGAUCCACACAUUUCUAGGUUGAUGCUGGCUAGGGAGGUGUUGGCGGAAGUCCCAGACCAGGUGCUCUCGUACAUGAAGGCAAAUUACAUUAAGCCACAGCCUCCCAAGGUGGAAGUCAAUGUGCCAGUCACGGACGUCAUUUAAGUUGCAUGUUUGAGUGCGAACCUCGAAUGCCACAGAACGCACCAGCUCCAAAUUCACAGAGGAAUUAAUAUUUUUAUGAUCAUUUUUUUUAUUUAUUUAUUUUUUUCUCCCUUCUUUCUUUCUUUAUAAAACAUGAAAUAUGUUUUAUAUGGAAGAACAUAUGCUUAGUCAUGGUGUAUGUACAGUUAUUUGUAGCAAAGAUAUUUACAAAGAUAUUAGCUGUAAAUA